CAUGGCGACUGCCUUCGCUCGAAGGUACGGAUAUUCAGUUCGAUUCACUUGCAAUAGCAACAUCAAAAUGGCGCAAAAACUAAAUCUUCCUAAUGGGGAAUACUUAGAAUAUCAUCAUUUUCCUGGUGAAUUACCUGGAAUCGUGUUUUUACCAGGAUUGAUGUCCAGUAUGAGUGGAACGAAAGCCAUGGCGUUAGAGAAAUAUUGUCUAUCCACUGGUAGAGCUUACACAAGAUUCAAUCAUCGUGGGAUGGGAUUAUCCAGUGGUAAAGCUCACGAGUUUACGAUAGGAUCAAGAAAAGAAGAUGUUUUGAAUAUCUUAGAUGCAAUAAAAGGACCUCAAAUCCUUGUUGGUUCUAGCCUUGGAGGAUGGAUAAUGCUUCUUGUUGCCAUGGAGAUGCCACAUAAGAUCCCAGGUCUUAUUGGCAUAGCAACCGCACUUAAUUUUGUCAAGAGACGAUUUGACAGCCUUCCAGAUGAGACAAAAACAAUUAUCAAAAGUACUGGAAGAUGGGAAAUGCCAACUCCUUAUAAUGAAAAACCUUAUAUUCUUUCAUGGGACAUGAUACAAGAAGCAAAACAACAUGAACUUAAUAAGAAUAUUGCAGUGAACUGCCCUGUGCGAUUGAUCCAUGGAAUGAAUGAUAAAGAGGUUCCUUAUGAUAUAUCUAUUGAUCUUGCUAAUAAUUUACAAAGUAAUGACGUUCAAGUUACUUUAAUUAAGAAUGGUACUCAUAGACUAUCAGGACCAAAGGAUAUCCAAACAAUUACCAGAACAAUCAAACUACUUGUUCAAGAUAUAAAUGCCAAGGAUAUGGCAUCAAACUUGUAGAACAUCAAAUGAUAGAAAUAGUCGGUUGUGAAGAUAUUGUUGCUGUGUAGUUUUUUGCUACAAAUGACUUUUAAUAGUAUUGAUUUCAUCAUUUUUGUCAAUGAAAUUUACAUCCAAGAUCUGAAAAAAAACUGGUUUAUCUUGAUUUUUAUUGGAAAUUAGUGCUAAAAGAGAGCAAAAAAAAAAACACUUUUGCAAUGUUAAGGUAAAUUGUGAUUUUUCUUUGUUUUCUAGUCUAAAGAGAAAUAAUCGAGAUGAUCCAUUAAGAUUACUUUAUUUACUUUUGUCCAAUCCCAAGCUGUAAAUUGUUUACUGAUAUACUGAUUUAUUUGGUUCAAAUUUGGCCUGUAAGAGAUCUUGUGCUCAUACUUGAAAGUAAACACACUAGCAAACUUGUAU